AUGCCCCCUAAGGCGAGCCUGUCGGUACCUUACAGAAAACGGCGAUUCGAGGAUAUCACGGCCGCUCAUGAUGAAGGCGCCACUUCCUCAAGCUCCACCAGUGACACGGUCGGAGAUCAACCAACAGUUUCUCGCAAUCCGCGUCACCCGAAUGGCAAAGACCGGCAACAAAAGCCAACGUUUCUUGUAGGGAUCGACUUCGGGACCACUAUGACCUCGGUUUCAUACUACAAAUUCAAGCUUGGCAAACGACCAGCAAACGGAAUCUCCAAGGAUGCAAUAAGAUCAGUCAUUGGAUGGCCAAAUGCAGCAUCAGGCCAAAAUAGGGGCGAGGUCCCUAACGAGAGCUUGUACCUUGACCAGGAAUAUUACUGGGGAUAUGGAGCCCGGGAGAAAGCACAAGAGGUCCUGUCCAGUGAAGACUUGAAUUUGGCCCAUAGGCCCAUUAGGCUGACAAAGCUCUUUUUAGCCGAUUGGCUAUCCAAGAAGAACCCCCAAGGAAGAGAUACAUGUUUGCCAGAUGGUCCCCAUUUCGGUCGACGAGCAAAUAAGGCGGCACAAUACGCAGAAAUAAGCGAAACAUUAGUGGCCUUGAACAAGGAUGUGACAGACGUGAUUCGAGAUUACCUGAUUGAGGUUCUCAGGCACACCAAAACGCAGUUAGUUGAGUAUGAAAGCUUCAAAGAUACAAGCGAGGUCGAGCUAGCUCUGUCUGUUCCUGCUGGCUGGCCUCUCAAGGCCUCGUGGACCCUACAGGAGAUCUUGAAACAAGCCGUGGAAGCAGUCAAGUUCGGUCAAGGAUUUGAUUUAUUUUUUGUCAAUGAGCCCGAGGCGGCCUCGGCUCUCGCUCUUGAGAUGCUGGUUGGUGCGAAAACGCUUGCCGUAUGUAUUGGACCAGGAGUCAAGAUUCGUUAUAUGGAGGCUAAUAAGCGAGGAUUCAAGACAGGAGAAACAUUUCUUGUGUGUGAUGCUGGGGGCGGGACUGUGGAUGUCACUACCUACACAAUCAACUCCAGAAGCCCUUUUCGAUUCAGUGAGGCUGUUCCCCCCGCUGGAGAAAAUUGUGGCUCCGUGUAUGUGAAUCAAGCCAUGGAGCGUCAUUUCACAGCACUCCUUGCGAACAAUGAAUCUUUGGAACGAAAAAGAAUAUCAGCAAAGGAACAGCUCCUGCAUAGCAUUCUCCCCGAUUUUGAAGGAGGUCUAAAAAGGGUGUUUGACACUUCCAAAGGUCUUAAUGGGUCUGAGUCUUUUAUCGUUCAUGGCUUGGAGGCAGAUGAGUCCAAAAACUUUGGAAAAAAUAGGGUGAAAAUAGGGUGGGGUGAAGUGGCUGGCUGGUUCCAAGAAAGUCUCGACGGGAUUGGGAAGCUGAUCCGAGAACAACUUGACGCAGCUAAAGAACAAGAAAAGUCUGUACAGGUAAAGACACCCAGGAUUGAGAACGUUGUUAGGACUCUUUUUGAUGAAAGUCCUGGGGAGGCAGAGACUCUAGUUUCUCGAGGAGCGGUUUAUCGUGCUGCAGACAAGCGCUAUGGACCUUCCCGCCACAUCAUGGCAAAUAUCGGAAUUCUUCAAAUUGAGGAACUGGACCGCAAGUGUGCUGCCCAUAGAGAUGCCAGACCGAAGAAAAACCCCGUGGAUGGGAGAUACUAUAUCCAUGAUUGUGUCAAUUGGGUCAUUAAAAAGGGACGAGUAGUUGGCUUUGAUGAAUCCUUCACCGAAAGGCUGUCUCAAAUUAUCGAGGAAGACGAAGAUUGGGAGUUUUCGCAGCGCCUAUAUUAUUCAGUGACCGAUGAUGUUCAGGACCACUACAAACUGGAUCACCCCAACAAUAAAGGCUGUGAGGACGCCGGAAUGGUCAGCGUAGACCUGACAAGGUGGAAAGAGGAGUAUCCCAUCCCACUGAAAGGCCGAAAGGGGAGGAGAUACUGGGAAAUUCAGUAUGACGUCCGUAUGGAACUUCAUGGUCGGAACCUCAAAGUUUCUCUCGUAUAUCCUCCAGGUGCAGAGGUGCAGAGCUCUCUCGAUAUUUGUAUUGCAGCAUCAUUUGUGCCGGGCACGGAGUAA